AUGGAGCUACCCGUAGCUCGAAUAUUUUCGACCGUCUUCGCAACACUCUUUUUGGUUGCCGUAACCUUGAAGACACUUUACCUGGGAAAUGAUCCUUAUCGAUGCCGCGCUGUCCAGAACACGGGUCGCUGGAUAGACCCACCACAGGACGAAGCUGGGAAUAGGACACCUUUUCUUCACUGGCAGCCAGAUGGAUGUAUAUUGCACCAAUAUGACUCCGAGGACGCCCGUCGGUGCUUGGAAGGCCGCCCGAUCGUUACGGUUGGAGAUUCAACAUCCCGGAACGUAGCUUUUGCGUUCAGUCGACUGGUAAGUGAUGGUCGGGAGCGCUCAAUUAACAGCACUGACCAAGGCCAGAUUGGCAAGAAGCAAGCCGAGUACGAUCUAGCACACAUGGACUUUCCCGCCCCGAAGUCGAGCCCAUUGAAUAUGACAUACCAUGGGCAAAAGAUAACGCGUUUGCCAAAUCCCUGGCUAGCCUCCCAUGGCCAUAUUGCUCAACAAGAAUUUAUAAACAAUCUUGACCUCUUCGCUGAGGAGAAAAGAGACGUCCCGCUCAUCAAUGAGCAAACUGGUCCUGCUUUGCUUUAUGUAUCCGCAGGUGUAUGGUUCGGUCAGGCCUUCACUCACGUCAGAGAAAAUGAAACAGAACAAGCUAGUGAUAAUUCAACCGUCGCAGAAAUGCACAACCGAACGGCUCCUUUGACUAUCCAUCCGGAUCGUCCAAAUAUCCCUUGGAGGACUCGCUUUGCUCUAUACAAAGACCGCUUUUCCAAGAUUGCCAACUUCAUCAACGACAACACUCCCGACUAUGAUCCUUUCACAUCUCCAAUGGAUCCGACUGAUGGACUAGGUAACCAAUUCUUCUAUGCACCCCCUGCAGGCCCUUAUUAUGUCGGAGAUGAUCCGGACCGACUUGCCCUCGGAGCGCGAAAGGCAGGGGAAAUCCACGAAAUACAAGACUGGCUGCGAGAGAAUGAAGAUAGAUGGAGGCUUCCAAUGGUUUGGUCGGUCGCCAGGCUUACCUUUGGCCAGAACGAGACUUGGAUUGACCCACACAGAACAGGAUACCACGUCAAGAAGGAGGUACUUGAUACUCGGGCCAAUAUUCUGCUUAACCUGAGAUGUAAUGCGAAGCUUGACCGCAUCAAGCCCUAUCCGUACUCACGCACAUGCUGCACUGAUUACGGAGUGAAGCCAAUGACUCAGCUCGGUUUUGUUGCUUUCGGCAUAUUCUACCUUGUGGUAUGCAUCGUCUGCGAAAUGGUUGACAUCGGCAGUGGACGAGACGAGCCGCGGUUCAACCUUUUCAACAUGAAGGUAGGGACCCUGGUUCUCGCGCUACUCAUGUGCUAUUAUGCGGACCGAACCCAGAUGAUGGCGAAGGGCAGCAAGCUUUGGCAGCCCCAAGAUUUUGUUGUCUUAUGCAUUCCCUGCAUUGCAAUUCUGCUCACAACGAUUCGCCGUACUCGCCCUCGAUCUUCAUUAGACAUAUCGGUCUUGCCUUUAGAGACAAAUGAGACUGAUGAACCCUUUCUCUCUCGGGAACAAACCGAUGAGUGGAAAGGUUGGAUGCAGUUCUUCAUCCUUAUCUAUCAUUGGACUGGGGCCGACAGAAGAUCUAUCUACGUCUUCAUUCGCCUGUGUGUUGCAGCAUACCUGUUCCAGACAGGCUAUGGUCAUACCGUCUACUUCAUCAAGAAGAAGGACUUUUCAUUUCAUCGCGUCGCCAGUGUACUUCUGCGACUCAACAUCCUGAGUUGUGCGCUCGCAUACUUCAUGGAUACAGACUACAUGUUUUACUAUUUCUCGCCACUCGUCUCUUUCUGGUUCCUUGUCGUUUAUGGAACCAUAGCAAUUGGUGGCAAGCGCUACAAUAGCGCUCCACAGAUUGUCAUUACGAAGAUCUGCAUCUCCUGCUUGCUUCUCUCGCUCGUCUUUAUGGGCACACCCUUCACUGGAUAUCUCUUCAGCGCUCUCAAGUUCCUGUUCAACAUACAGUGGGAUGCAGAAGAAUGGCAAUAUCGUGUCACGCUCGACAUGUUCAUCGUUUAUGUUGGCAUGCUGACGGCAGUGCUUCAUCACGAGAUGAAGGCAACUACAGUCGACUUAAAUCUUCGUGUCGUUCUGGCUGUGGCUGGUUUCUGCGUGGUGCCUUACUACCUCAACUCCACAUCAUACCUCAAAAUGUCUUUAUACAAGAUCUGGCAUCCAUUUACAUCCUGUGUGCCAAUCCUUGGUUUCAUCGCCUUGAGAAAUGUGUCCGGUCAAGCGAGGAACUACCACUCCAAAGCCAUGGCAUGGCUGGGAAGGUGUUCACUUGAGACGUAUAUUUUGCAAUUUCACUUGCUUCUUGCAGGUGAUACAGAAGGCAUCUUGAUUGUGGAUGGUCUGUUUGGCGAUGGGUCUUUGAUGGGUGACAGGUGGAGAACACUGGUUAUUCUUGUGCCAAUUUUCCUAUGGAUAAGCAAUGCCGUGGCACAAUCCACGAGCCACCUGGUCAAAGCUAUUAUGCAUAGUUCUCCAGAAGAGCAAAAGAUUGGAACCCCACUAUUUGCGUGGGCUGAAAAGAUCCCUGGUGGCUCCAAAAUUACGGCUGCGAAAGUGCGGGUUGCAUGCAUCCUGAUAUUGAUGUGGGGCAUCAACAUGAUGAGCCCAGGGCAUGAGGUUGGUGCAGCACCUGAUGGACCGCAUGAGUGGAGAGCUUCGCCCCCACCUCCAAAGGAAACACCGUAUUAG